AGUCCGGCGCGCAAUCAAUCACCCGCGACUCAAAUUCGCGCGGGCAUUGAUUUUGAUUUCCCCCUGUAAAGCAGCGCCGCUCGCGUUCCACUACGGGACUAAAAUAUUGAAUGGGCCGCGUUUGGCGGUGGUCGUCGCCGAGCUGUGCAGUGUCCGCCUGCUGCGUGUGUAAAACUCAUCGUGGCCCUCGUCUCCUCCGAGUCUCGAACGGCCCACGUACCUAGCAUACACGAACAGUCUAGGUGCAGGUGCUCCCGAGAGAGACGCAGAGAGAGAGAGAGAGAGUACGUACAAGCGAAGCGCGCGACAUGUCCGCGUAGACGACGAGCAACGUCGAGUGUUUAGUCCCCCCUGAAGUCGAAGACACAGCCCCAAGACGCAGUCCGCCGACCAACUGUCCCGGGGAGGAGCGAGAGCUACGACCAACCCCGCGACGGAUCCUCGACAACAGCAGCAGCCACAAGAGUCUGGCGGCAGAAUGGACAGGAGAAAAUUGUCAACCUCCGGGGAUUCCCUCUAUGCCAUCUUAGAGAUUCCAAAAACUGCCACUCCUGAUGACAUCAAGAAAACUUAUAGAAAACUUGCUCUCAAGUAUCAUCCGGACAAGAAUCCCAAUAAUCCAGAAGCAGCUGAGAAGUUCAAGGAAAUCAAUAGGGCAAGAAUAAUAUUGACAGAUUUGACUAAGCGUAAUAUAUACGAUAACUAUGGCUCUCUUGGGCUCUAUGUUGCGGAACAGUUUGGAGAGGAGAAUGUCAAUGCAUACUUUGUCAUUACUUCCAAAUGGACAAAGAUGUUCUUCUUAUUCUGUGGUAUCAUCACUGGAUGCUACUGUUGCUGCUGUUUCUGCUGCUGCUGCAACUUCUGCUGUGGCAAAUGUAAACCAACACCUCCAGAAGAUAGUGGGGCAUAUCACAAUCUACAGGAGGAGGAGGGGGACCUGGAGAGUGACCUGGAGCCAGCGGUGACGUCCCAGCCGCAGAGCGGCGCAUCCCAGCCGUCGAGCCAGCCGCUGACAUUCGCGAUGCCGGCCCCACCGAUGGCCCAGCCCCAGCCCCAGGCUGACGAGAACACGACCCUCAACAGCGGCCGAGAACGCGUCGUCUACACCCCUGCGUCAACAAAUCCGUUCGUGAAUCCCGACAUGAGCGGCGGCGCUGGACUGAACAAGUGGUAGUCGCCGAGCUAGAUACCAAAAUCCAACUAUAAGGGAACCUGGGAGAUACAACGCCGCGUGUCGUUGGACGCCGUCGAACAUUCGUCCACGUAACUGCUAGAUUAUGGAAUGCAACUAUACUGUUUCGAGGAGACGACGACGAAGUGCUAUACGUAGACCGACCAAACAUAACGUGAAGGGAAUUAUUACCUACAAUAAUAAUAUAUAGAUCGAAAUACGUUUCUUCGAUUCCCUAUAGAUAACGGAUAGAUUGUAACACCUUGGCAUCGAACGCGAUUUCCAACGUAUGGAUUCUUGUCUCUAGUAAAUUUGCGACAGAAGCAGCAGAUGAAAUGCAAUGACGACUCGUUUAGUUUGUUGACUAAUAAAUAUAAAAUAUCUCAGGGUCUUGAAAAUCUAAAUGUUGAAAUUGAUGUCGAUAUAAUUUUCGAUCUAAUUUGCUUUCGUGUUGAUGUGUAGCUUUGAUUUUGAAUCUGCGUUUUGUGCUCAAAACCCAUGUGUAACCGAUGUUGCGUUAGAGGAAGGACAGUGUGGUGUUAACAAAAAUGUUAAGAAUUAUCCCCUACUGACAAUCGACGUGCAAAAUCGAACCAAAAUUCAAUGAUGACGAUACCUAUUCUAUAUAUUAUAACCAGAAAAAAAUCGCAGAUGUGAACAGCAGUAAAACAAGUAGAGAGGGAAAGAGCGACAGUAAAUGCCUAAGGUGCCAUUCUUAGAUUAAACCACGGGAGAAUGAUACAUCCAGACUCUUCUUGCAAUUCCAGAUAAAAUAGCUAUUCCUGGCAACAUAAACGAUGUACCGACUUGGCUACAACUAUUUUUAUUGGUCGUUGCUGGCAGCGUCGACCAAGUAUGGAAUAAACGAUAAAGAAAUAAGUACUUUAUUAGGCAUAAUAGUGUAUAAUUCUGUUGAUAAUUUAAUGUCGAUGAUGUAUGCAUACAAACAAUAUACAUCUAUAUUAUAUUACACAUAUUCCAUAUUACAAAUUCAUAUGAAAAAAACAAAUUGAGACUAAUUCCGACCUUAAUGUAUUGAGAGCCAUUCAUUUUUGCGUUUCGUUAAGAUCCAUGAUGAUCACUGUGUUCGUAAUACAUUUAAGAGGGUAGAACCCUCGUCUUUCCAAUAAAACGUUUUUAACACGUACGCAAACGUAUACACUGCUUGAUUCAAUAAAGAAUGUUACAAAACUCUUUUGUACGUUUACACUAGUAAGCUUUUCUUUCUAAAAAUUUACGAUCGUGAUUCUGAGAUGUUUUUUUUUUUUGAAACUCGAAUACCUUUAAUAAAAUAUAUACUUGAAAUAUUGCGAUCGAGUGCUCAAUACAGUGCUGUGUCAUCGUAAAAUACUGCAUUCGAGUGAAAACAUAAUAGGAAACAAAACGUUCAUUACUUGUAAUAAUAAUAAUAAUAAUGAUAAUAAUACUAAAACGUUUUUAUAUAACUGUACAAUUUUCACAGUAGCGUGUUUGCUUUGUUAAACUGUUGUAUUAGUCAACAAAAAAUCAACUGUAUUAGACAAGUCUAUAUCGUUCAGUCAAUAGCUAGAAUAAAAGAAUCCGAAAGCUUGCACCUGUUUAAUUUAAAAUUUAAAAUAUACCCAGCUACUUGAAAUCCACCGAAACUCUGUACAUGCUAUCUUAAAAAUGUACAUAACGAUAAAACGCUUGUUAAGAAUCGACUGCGGCCUCCAAAGUGUUACGAUUCAGCAUUGCGUCAAUAAGUCAACACUGCAAUUCGAUUCACUUCCCCGGAAAAUCGGAUAUAUAUAUAUAUAUAUAUAUAUAUGCACGUCGUUAUCAGUCCGCAUCGACAAGUGCCGUUUACGACGACAAGGAGUGGACACGAGCCGUCUUGAUUUAUCUCAUGGUUAUACCUGGUCGAGUCUUCUAAAUUGAAUGUAUGAUUAUUACGAAUCAUUGUUAUAUACAUGUUUUGUCUGUUGUGUUUUUUGGAGUGUGCAGUAGCCGUAUUGUGCCUCCAGUAAAGACGAUUACUGAUCAAGAAGCAGAUAUGGACACACUCCGAUAAUCUCUUGGUGAACGCAUUUUUAGCUGCAAUGCAUUUAAUCACUUGUUGAAAGUCGCUUAUAUAUAUACCCAAAGGUUCAUCUUCGAGUUUUUUAUAUUAUAGUGACAAAAACAGUUAUAGUAGUGAACUAACUUGGAAACUAUGAUAAUCAAUUCCUACAUAUAUUUUUUCGUGCAAAACUAACUAGAAAAACGUACAGUGUAUAUGCGAAUUGUCAAAUUUUUCAGUAGUACGACUUCAAUAAUAAGUAGUGGAUAUAUUUUUAUUAAAAUUUGUGAUAACAGUUAGAGAUACAUAAUUACUGCAGCAGAUGAGAAUCAAAUAGCCGGCUAUUGUAAAGGAAAAUGGGUUUAUCGAUAAAAGACUACCUGGUUUUUGGUAUAGUGUGAAGACAACCAGUAUAAAUGAAGAGACUUCACGUGUAUCCAUAUUUGUAUCGAAAAUCGUUUGUCCACAUUUUAUUAAUAUUGUUACACCAUACACAAAGUUCAUUUUAAUUGAUUAUAUGAUUUUAUAUAGGAAAAUAUUUGUAAAUGAGAUACAUUUUGUUUGCUCCGUUGUUAAGUAUAUAGUCUGUCUAUUUUGUGUUGACGAUCUCUUGUAUUUAUCAAGACACAGAGUUAGUAAGAAUAACGAUGAAACUGCACAGCUAUUGUUUUGUCAAAAAUUGUAUAACGCUACGAGUUCGAAAAUUUCAAACUGUUUGAUCUUUCUAUAUAUAUAUAUAUAUUUAAAAAAAGCUAUUUUAUUGCACGACCGUGUUCUAGAUUCAUGAUUAGUAAAAUGAUCUAGAAACGAAAAAAUAUAUUAUAUACAAAUGCAUUAUAUAUAAAGAUAAUCCUCAGAAAUCAUGUAAGCAUUGAAAACUCUUGAUAUAAUUUGUGAAGCUACGAAAAUCGAAAAUUGUAUUUAUCAUAUUAAUCGGUCAGUAUGAAAUUGGAAAUGUAACAAAGAAACAGGCGUUGUAAAUAAAUUUAGAUUAAAUCUACCACCAGUUUUUAUUUAAUCACUUCUUCAUUUGCAGAGUAGGUCGGAGGAGAUGGUUCUUAUGUGAAGAUACAUUGAAAUUAAAGAAGAUUAAUUAGUUUUGAAUUAAAUUUAUUGGUACCACAAGAUCUUACAAUAAAUUUGUUUUCAUAUCUUUGUAUAACUGUGCACAUUUGGUCUUUAAAGAAUAGACUGAAUAUAAACAAGCGUGAAAAAAAAA